AUGGCUAGUUGGAAUCUCUUGUCAGUUCAUCGUCCUCCUCUUGUGCAUAUAUCCUCAUUGUUUGGUUCUUCUAGGUUUAGGGUGGGUGGCACAUGUGGUUUCGAUGGGUUGGCAUUGGUUGGUGAUGGUGGUGGGUUCAUAGAUGAUGGGACAGCAAUGAUGAGUUGGCAAGUGGAUGGGAAAGGGGAGGUCACCAUGGACGGGCAGAUAGGACGCGGUUCGAAAGGGGUUUGCCCACCAAGGAGGUUCUACUGGGGAUUAAGCAUUCCUACCGCAGGUGGUGGUGAGGCUGCAAGGGUGAUGAUUAGGGCUGCCAUAUUGACUUUUUUAGUGAAAAAUAUGUUGGCCACAGUUAUUAAAGCCAUCUAG